UUGACAUUUCAUUUUACAUUAGAUUACUUAUCAUCUCAAAUAAUUUUAAAUAAAAUGGAAGGAUUUGAAGCUCUUGAAGAUCGUAUAACAUCAAUGGAAUUAAAAGUGUUCGGAAAAAGAAAUCCCCAUAACUUUGAUUUUAAUACCAGUAUUCCUGUUACACUAGGUUUAGUUGAUGUGAACGUGCUAAUAUCAUCCGCAUUAAGUGGUCGUGAAACAAUUAUAUCAACAUUAACACGUUUACCAGAAUUGAAUGAAUGUUUGGAUCCAAAUUAUGAAGAAAAUUUAAUGAGUUCGGAUUCUAAAAUGGAAUAUGUACUUGCUAUGGAACCUGAAAUAAAAUCAAUUGCUGAACAAUUAAAAAAUAUUUCAAAUUCCUUACCCGUAUUGGAUUCGGAACCCAUAAAGAAUGUACCAAAUAACUGUGAUAAGUUGAAUAAAGUGGCUUAUAGUUAUUUGGAAAUAAAACAAGAGCAUGACAGUGUUUCAAAUAAUAUUAUCGAAGCGAUUCAGAAAUAUAACGACAUUAUGCAUUCUAUUACGAAAAAUUUAAGUCAAUUAGAAAGUACUAUCACGGAAUUGGAAAUUGCAAAACAACCAAAAGUUGUAAUUGAAUAA